AGCGCGUGACGUCAGAGGAGGGAGCUGGCCAGUGCUGAGGGGGCGCGGCGCGGAGGGGCGCGGAGCCGGGAGGCUCGGGGCCCAGAGCGCGCGGCGGCCGGGAGCCCGCCGGCCCCUGACAGCCCCCUCCCCCCGGUGGACGACGACGACGACUACGAGGGCGCGAGUCAUGGCGGAGCAGCGAAGCCUGCGGGGGCCCUGAGCGCCGCCGCAUGGAGCGGGACGAACGGCCGCCCAGCGGAGCGGGAGGCGGCGGGGGCUCGGCGGGGUUCCUGGAGCCGCCCGCCGCGCUCCCUCCGCCGCCGCGGAACGGCUUCUGUCAGGAUGAAUUGGCAGAACUUGAUCCAGGCACUAAUGGGGAGACUGACAGUUUAACACUUGGCCAAGGUCACACACCUGUUUCUGUUCCAGAUGAUCGAGCUGAACAACGAACCUGUCUUAUUUGUGGGGAUCGUGCUACAGGCUUGCACUAUGGGAUCAUCUCCUGUGAGGGCUGCAAAGGCUUUUUCAAGAGGAGUAUCUGCAACAAGCGUGUGUAUCGGUGCAGUCGUGAUAAGAACUGCGUCAUGUCUCGGAAGCAGAGGAACAGGUGCCAGUACUGCCGCUUGCUCAAGUGUCUCCAGAUGGGCAUGAACAGGAAGGCUAUCAGAGAGGAUGGCAUGCCUGGAGGCCGGAAUAAGAGCAUUGGGCCAGUUCAGAUAUCAGAAGAAGAGAUUGAAAGAAUCAUGUCUGGACAAGAGUUUGAGGAAGAAGCCAAUCACUGGAGCAACCAUGGUGACAGCGACCACAGUUCCCCUGGGAACAGGGCUUCAGAGAGCAACCAGCCCUCGCCAGGCUCCACAUUGUCAUCCAGUAGGUCUGUGGAACUAAAUGGAUUUAUGACAUUCAGGGACCAGUACAUGGGGAUGUCAGUGCCUCCACAUUAUCAAUACAUACCACACCUUUUUAGCUAUUCUGGCCAUUCACCACUUCUGCCCCCACAAGCUCGAAGCUUGGACCCUCAGUCCUACAGUCUGAUUCACCAGCUGAUGUCAGCCGAAGACCUGGAGCCAUUGGGCACACCCAUGUUGAUUGAAGAUGGAUAUUCUGUGACACAAGCAGAGCUGUUUGCUCUGCUUUGCCGCCUGGCCGACGAGUUGCUCUUUAGACAAAUUGCCUGGAUCAAGAAGCUGCCUUUCUUCUGCGAGCUCUCAAUCAAGGAUUACACGUGCCUCUUGAGCUCUACAUGGCAGGAAUUGAUCCUGCUCUCUUCCCUCACAGUUUAUAGCAAGCAGAUCUUUGGGGAGCUGGCUGAUGUCACGGCCAAGUACUCGCCGUCUGAUGAAGAGCUACACAGAUUUAGUGAUGAAGGGAUGGAGGUGAUUGAACGGCUUAUCUACCUAUAUCACAAGUUCCAUCAGCUGAAGGUCAGCAAUGAGGAGUAUGCAUGCAUGAAAGCAAUUAACUUCCUGAAUCAAGAUAUCAGGGGUCUGACCAGUGCCUCACAACUAGAACAACUGAAUAAGCGGUACUGGUACAUUUGUCAGGAUUUCACUGAAUAUAAAUACACACAUCAACCAAAUCGCUUUCCUGAUCUUAUGAUGUGCUUGCCAGAGAUCCGGUACAUUGCAGGAAAGAUGGUGAAUGUGCCCCUGGAACAGCUGCCCCUCCUCUUUAAGGUGGUGCUGCAUUCCUGCAAGACAAGUGCAGUGAAGGAGUGACCUGUUCCCAGCACUGCCUCGGGUGCCAGCAGUGCCUUGGGUGGGCAGGACAGGCUCCAGAGGAAAGAGCCAGAGAGACCAAGAUGGAGACUGUGGAGCAGCUGCCUCCAUCACAAGAAUUUGUUUGUUUGUCUGUUUUUAACCUCAUUUUUCUAUAUAUUUAUUUCACGACAGAGUUGAAUGUAUGGCCUUCAACAUGAUGCACAUGCUUUUGUGUGAAUGCAGCAGAUGCAUUUCCUUGCAGUUUACAGAAUGUGAAGAUGUUUAAUGUUACCGUGUUGUCAUUGUUUAGAGAUAGUUCUUUUGUAUUUUGAGGGAGAGGGUGGGAUGGAGUAGACGACUAUUCCCAUAAUGUUGACAAAGACAACUACCUCAAUGGAAACAGGGAUAUGACCAUCCCUACCUUUCCACAGUUUCUCAGCGGACAUAUGCUUGUCUGUUCGAGAACUGGCUGCCUUUUUAUAGCCCCAGAGAAAUAUGCCAAAGGAGCAAAACAGUACAGGGAGACUUACUAGAGAGGUGGGCAGGACGUUUGAGAAGCAGGUUUUAUUUUAACCCUCAGUGUUUGAUGAGGAUUAACCAUCACCUCAUCCCACAAGCCCAAAGGGCAGAAACUUGUGCUCCUCCCUUUUGCUGCACCCUCCCACCCCACACACUGUUGUCUGUUGAAUGCUGCUGUCAGGUUUUCGUCCAGGCAGAGUCCUGCUGUAAAUCAGUCUGUAGGACUUGCCUCCCAGCUGCCCAGUCUCCUGACCCAGGUCUACCAAAGCCUUCCUUCUUUAGACUCUAUCCCUCCUCCUAUGGAUUUGACUCCCUGUCCUUUAGAAAGGUAACAGAAAAAUGCCCUGUUCUCUCACUUCUCAUUUGUUCUCCUUUAACUUGUUUCCCUCAAAGGGUAGAGGGACGAAGGCCAGGCUGCUGAAAGAAUAGACUCCUUUGGAAGCCCCUGUUCUCACCCUACCUUAUCCUUAGAACGAAAUCUAAAACCUGUUUAGUUUUUGUAUUUUGGUGGUGGUGGUGGUGGUGGUGGUUUGGUUUGGUUUUGGGUUUUUUUUUGUUUGUUUGUUUUUGUUUUUGAAAAAGGGUUUCUCUGUGUAGCCUUUUGUCCUGGAACUCACUCUGUAGACCAGGCUGGCCUCAAACUCAGAGGUCCACCUGCUUCUCCCUCCGAGUGCUGGGAUUAAGGGUGUGCACCACCACCGCGUGGCUAAAACUGCCAUUUUUAAACAGUAGAAAGAACCAGAUACUUGGCUCCUAAAUUUUGUUGUAAGCUCUCCUGUUAUUUCCAAAAUGAGAUCAGUAUACCAGAGCUCUAGAGCAGAAAGCCAAGACCCAGAGAUGCCCAGUUAUUCCUUCAACUCUCAUCCGUGGUCUGUCUACCAAGGCCUAGAGGGGUGGACCCAGAAGUACCUGGAAGGCAAAGGGGCUUUAAACUACCUCAUGUGUCUCAGGGCUUCCCUACUGCCUCUGCAGACACAGCCUAGAGCCCUUGUGCUUUAUUGCCUGCCCACCUCAUUCUAGGAAAAGUUCCUGCCUCCAGACUUCGGCUCAGGCUACACCUAGCUUGUCGUAGAAUUGUUUGAGCUGCUUUUCCUUUCUUUGCCCUCAGCAGGCCUUCCUACAGUUGUUGCCCCCAGACAGCUGCUUUACCGGUGCAUCCCUUGGCUGGCCUGUUGCAUCCACAGCAUCUCCUUGAGCCUCUUUGGUCAGGAACUGUUUACUCUACCCCAAUGAAGCCUAGUUCACUUACCCAGGAGGCUGCUGCAUCCUGUGUAUUCUAAGUAGUCUUCACUAGAGUUUUUCUCUCUAGUAAAAUGUUACGGGUACCAGCAAAGUGACACUCAAUGUCUCUUGAUGUCCAAAGCUCAGAGCGUUACUUCUCAGUCUGAGAGAGAAAGAAAGAGAUGUGUUUCUCAGGAAAGUACCGGACAGAAUGUUUUUCACAUGUUGGUAGAAAGAUAUGUGUGUUGAUGUGUCUUUUAGUUUCUAAGAUCACAAUAUUUUUCUUGUUUGCCUGAAUUUUUGCAUUUAACCAAGCAGAUCGCAUUCUUUGGCUCCAGGUCAGAGUCUCAGCUACUUUCCUCAAGCUAGGAAUCAGAGACACCUCCUAGAGACAGUGCCUGUGCACAGCAGCUUUCUUUGCAUAGACCUCCAUUUGUCAAAUUGUUAAUUUUUGAAAUUGCUUAUCAAAUUAGCAUUUUACCUGGUGUGUUGAAUGUCAGAGCUCUGAUGAGGCAGGAAUAUGUCUCUCCAAUAAUGUAGUAUUAAACAGAGCAAGUCGUUAAUUUGUAGAGUGGGGGAAAGGGUCUGCAAGUUGCCAUCGUACAAAUCCAUUUUUACAAAUGUUUGCAGCAGAUUCCACAGAACAAAGAGCCCAUUCAUUGCCAAGAGCCCUGCAGAAUCUCUGAGCCAAGUGGCUGUGUGUUCUGAGCUGGAGCCUGACCUGUGGACCGCCUUUAAUGUCUUCUGCUCCCAGUCCUUUUAUGACACGGGCAUCUUUAAACAGGGUAAAGUGAGUGUGCUGCAGACUCAGGUGUGGUGAGGAGAGGGAGGAGUGCAGCUAGCAGCGUGGAGACAUUAGGUCAGCCACUAGAUGUAUUUGUGAUUUUGGUUUGAAGGACACAGAGAAAGGUUGGAGGGGGAGGUUUGGUGUGCUUGUUUUUUUGCCUUUUUUUCCCAUAAUGUUUGGUGAACAGGCAGCCUUUUUGCUAGUGGAAAAAGGAAAAAUUUGUGCACAUUAUUUCUCAUUCUUUUUUCUACCCUCUCUGAUCCUGGCCACUAAAAGUACUCACUUUGAGUGAGAAUUUUUCCACCAUAAAAAAUAAAGCCCCAAAAGCCUUCUUGCACUAUGCCAGGACACAAAGGCAUCCCCUUCCUUUUCUUGUGUGUUUGGAGUCUUGGAGCUUUGUAGUUGUUCUCCGGCUCCCAUUAGAGACCUUCAGUGUCCUUUGCGGGGUUUGCUGGUCUCGCCCUUAGUUUGGAGAAAUUCCCUACAACUAACUCCUCUCCAAGCCCUCCGCCUGGCGUAGGACAGCUGAAGGGGCCAUCAUAGAGUCAGGAGGGAGAGGAGAACAUAGAAGCAUCACCCAGAGUUGCCCGUUCCACACGUAGCCUACCUCUGACUUGCCCCACUAUUCAGGGAAGUGAGCCAGCUGUCUAGCCUGCUGCCCUGCACCUCUCUUGUUUGUUCUUGACUACUUCCUGAGUGAUGGGACGGAUAGGCAGAAGGCAGUCUUUAAGUUGUGGCCAAGGUUAGCUAAACUAAAGGGGCCCUGGCCUCCCUAGGGCAGAAAGCUGAGCAGUUGCUCUGUAUCUCUGCCUCUGCAACACUGUUCUUUUGUUACUUUUUAAUUUUUAAAUUGCAGUUUUUAAGAAAUUUAUCCUUUCUGACCAGUUCUUCUAUUAAACUUUGAUUUUUUUUUUUUUUAAAGUCUAGAAAGAAAGAAAACCCAUUAACUGACUCCCCCACCUUGGUCCAUGGGAAUACCCACACGCCCCUCUGCCAUUGGUCCUCCUCCCUUUUCCUCACGCCCAGUGUCUGUGAAGUAGUGUUUUAUCUGUCUCUUAGGAUGAAAAACGGCAAUCAUUCCACCAGGUGCUGGAAACUGGUCAGCCUUGAAGCAGGCGCUUUUGGGACCACAGCUCAGGGAUGUGUAUUUAAUUACAGGGUCCCCAGAAAGCCCUCUUUUGGCUGCCACAAGUGACAUCUUUCCUGGAGUCAAACCCUGAGUGCUUCCUCAGGGCGCAGCCACAGUCUACUGAGCUGGAAGCAGGCUGCCUCCUUGGUUAGGUCUGGGCUUCCUCAAGACUCCAACCAUCCUGCACGUGAGCUUCUAUGGUGCUCCUGGGAGGCCUGGCCCUUCUGCCCAGGACCAGUCCUCUUCUCAGGCUGCAGUCCUAACAGACACCAGCUUGCAUGGGUAUCAGUUGGAGGCUUAAAUGGAAGCUGUGGGAAAGCCUACUGCAAACCCAAGAAAAAUGUGCUACUGGGGGAGGCUAGUUUUCCAGACCCUGAAGCCAGCGCUGCCAGCCAAAGGGUUCUCUUGCUCUUUGGUGACCUUUUUCUUAGCAGAAAUAUAAUAGGUGAUAAUGUUUUUGACUCAAAUUUCCAUGGGGGAAAGAAACUACCUCUUGAGUGACAUCCUGGUCGAUUCCUCUCUGAGGAGUCUGUGGUUCCCAUGCUGUUUACAUGUUUCUGUCGGGAACGAAACCCUGGACUGUUGGUGUUUUUGUCUGUGUUGCCAUCCCAGGCCUGCGAUAGGGGCUUGUGGCUGUAUUGUAAUGUCUGGGCAGUAUCUGAGGAGUUCUUCCCACCUGCCCAGCUAGGGACAAGCCACCCCUGGAAGAGGCCUUCCUAUGUAUGCUCCAUAGCUUGGGUUUCAGGAGCUCUGAUGGCAAGUGCAUCACGAGCCUACCUUAGGCUACCUCCCAGUCCUCCCACAGCAGGAAUCGGAUGAAUAGGAUGUCUCUGAGCCCUUGUUCCCAAAGGGCUGGCCAAGGGCUGCCUGCCAGCCUGGCUCCAUCAGCCCUGCAUGACCAAAUGAUAGUUGGCGGGCUCUGCAGGCUGCUCAGGCCCUCUGCUACCUCCCACACUUGCCUGCUGGCAAGGGGUGGGCCUUGUUCUGUGAAUUGACUACCUUUGGAAAUGUGACCAGUUAGUGUGAAAUGCAUGUUUAGCAAGCAUUAGGUACUGUAUUUGAACCAAUAAAUGUGAAUCCUCUGCACA